AUGGCUCAGGAGCUGUUGGCUCGCUCUCUUGUGGACAGUGAAGUGCGGAGUGCUCCAUAUGAGUUUCCAGAGGACACACCCAUUGAGCAACUAGAGGAGAAACGACACCGACUGGAGAGACAGAUCAGUCAAGACAUCAGGCUUGAGCCAGAGAUUCUGCUGAGAGCCAAACAGGACUUCCUGAAAAUUGACAGCACCGCUGAUCUGCAGAACCUGAGAGAGCAAGAUGAGUCUGUUGUGGAUCAUCAUGUGGUUCUGAAGGAGAAAGAGACUUUUCAGCGUGUCACCAUCUCUGGAGAGGAGAAGUGUGGGGUGCCGUUUUCCGAUCUGGCCGACUCUGCAGUGUGCAUCAUAAAGGCACUGUUUAUUAGACAGAAGUACAUGUGUGUGUCACUGCAGGAUUUCUGCAGCACCACUGCCCGUCUGCUGCAGCAGCUCCCUCACACACACACACACACUGCGCAGCACUGUAGCUUCAAUGAGGACGUGGCUGAGAGUGGAGAUGCCCCGGUGCCCCAGCCAGUGUCAGAGACACAUCCAUAUGAGGGGCAGGACUGUACCACUCUGCCCCCUGACCUCGGCUACAGCUGCAGCAUGGAGCAUGGCAUUGUGCACGUCUAUACCUCCCACACACACGGUACAGAGUUGGACCUUCCGUAUCCGGACUUGCAGGAGUUUAUCACUGACAUGAACUUUAUGAUGGCGCUUAUCAUCAAUGGCCCAGUGAAGUCUUUUUGUUACCGGCGGCUGCAGUACCUCAGCUCGAAGUUCCAGAUGCACAUCCUGCUGAAUGAGAUGAAAGAACUUGCUGCUCAAAAGCAGGUUCCUCACAGAGACUUCUACAACAUUCGCAAGGUGGACACACACAUCCAUGCAUCGUCCUGUAUGAAUCAGAAACACCUGCUGCGGUUUAUAAAGCGAGCUAUGAAAAAAUACCCCGAUGAGGUGGUGCACAUGGAGGGUGGGCGUGGCCAAACACUGACCGAGGUCUUCCAGAACAUGAACUUGACUGCCUAUGAUCUAAGCGUUGACACACUGGACAUGCACGCGGACCGGAAUACCUUUCAUCGAUUUGAUAAGUUUAAUGCGAAGUACAACCCAAUUGGAGAGUCGAUACUGCGGGAGAUCUUCAUCAAAACUGACAACCACAUCCAGGGCAAGUACUUUGCCCACAUAAUCAAGGAAGUGAUGUCAGACCUAGAGGAGAGUAAGUACCAGAACGCCGAGCUGCGUUUGUCUGUCUACGGACGAUCGAGAGAUGAGUGGGACAGACUGGCAGAAUGGGCCGUCACACACUCCGUCUACUCACACAAUGUCCGCUGGCUUAUCCAGAUCCCACGCUUGUAUGAUGUGUACCACAGUAAGAGACAGCUGAUGAAUUUCCAGCAGAUGUUGGAGAACAUUUUCAUGCCGUUGUUUGAGGUGACAAUCAGCCCACAAACACACCCAAAACUGCACCUGUUCCUGCAGCAUGUGGUGGGCUUCGACAGUGUGGAUGACGAGUCAAAACCAGAACACCACGUGUUCAAUUUGGAGAGCCCUCGACCUGAUAACUGGACGGAGGAGGAGAACCCCCCGUACUCCUAUUACCUGUACCACACCUACGCUAACAUGACCGUACUGAACCACCUGCGCAGGAGGCGGGGCUUCCACACUUUUGUGCUGCGCCCUCACUGUGGUGAGGCGGGGCCUAUUCAUCACCUGGUGUCCGGUUUCAUGCUGUCGGCCAACAUCUCACACGGCCUGAUGCUUAGGAAGGCCCCUGUGCUGCAGUACCUGUAUUACCUGGCACAGGUGGGCAUCGCCAUGUCACCCCUCAGCAACAACAGUCUGUUUCUCAGUUAUCAUAGAAACCCGUUGCACGAGUACCUGUCACGCGGCCUCAUGGUCUCGCUGUCCACUGAUGAUCCGCUACAGUUCCACUUCACCAAGGAGCCCCUGAUGGAGGAGUACAGUAUUGCUGCUCAAGUAUGGAAGCUGAGCUCAUGUGACAUGUGUGAAUUAGCAAGAAACAGUGUUCUCAUGAGUGGCUUCUCACACAAGGUGAAGAUUUCGUGGUUGGGGCCACGGUACAGGUGUGAGGGUCCGGACGGUAACGAUAUUCGGCGCUCCAACGUUCCUGACAUCCGCCUCGCCUUCAGACACGAGACUCUGUGUGAUGAGCUGCAGCUGAUUACCCAUGCUGCAAACAUACAGGGGGUGGGGUCAGGGGACACUCCACCGUCCAUGGGGACAAGAAGAAAUUAAAACUAGAUCUUCAUUCUCUUUUUCAUUCCUCUUUUUUAUAAACUUCAAUUUUCUUCACUGCAUCUGGCUUUGGUUCUCUCAAAGCUCUAGGCUGUGGACCAGAAGGUUGUCCCUGUCCCUUCACCAAACCCUUAAACUCUCUAGUACUCCAAAACACAAUGACCGCUGACCCCAAGGGUUGUCCAUUACACAUACUGCAAAUACAUUCUAUACAGUAAAUGACAAAAAAAACAGCAUUUAGUUUACAGACAAGCAUUUCAUCUCCUCACUUCUCCUCUCCUAACUUCUCAUCUCCUCACUUCUCCUCUCCUAACUUCUCAUCUCCUCACUUCUCCUCUCCUAACUUCUCAUCUCCUCACUUCUCCUCUCCUAACUUCUCAUCUCCUCACUUCUCCUCU